CAGAACGGGCACAGGGCAGGGAGCGGGUUCACAGUUGGCAGGGCUAGGUGAGCUAUGUCGCCCCAUCUGCCACUCCUGCUCCUCUUGCUGCUGUCCCCAAAGAGUGGGCAUGGCUGCCAUGGGCCAGAGCUGGACCGGGCACUUGUGCUGGCCAAGGUGAGGGCCCUGUUCUUGGAUGCUCUGGGGCCCCCCACACUGGCCGGGGAAGGAGGGGAUCCUGGAGGCAGGCGUCUGCCCCGAAGACAUGCCCAGGGGGGCUUCCUGCGCAGGGGCUCUGAGCCCAGGGAGGAGGAGGAUGUCUCCCAGGCCAUCCUUUUCCCAGCUACAGGUGCCAGGUGCACGGACCAGCCAGUGGCUAGAGAGCUGACCCCGGAGGCGGAGGACGGCCUCUUCACAUACGUGUUCCGGCCAUCCCAGCACAUGCGCAGCCGCCAAGUGACUUCAGCCCACCUGUGGUUCCACACGGGACUGGACAGGCGGAGCAAAGUGGCUUCCAAUAGCUCUGGGCCCCUGCUAAGCCUGCUGGCGCUGUCGUCGGGGGUCCCCAUGGCCGUGCCCAUGUCAUUGGGCCAGGCACCCCCUCGAUGGGCGGUGCUGCACCUCGCCCCCUCUGCCCUCCCUCUGCUGACCAACCCGGUCUUGGUGCUGCUGCUCCGCUGCCCUCUCUGUUCCUGCUCAGCCGGGCCCGAGACCACACCCUUCCUGGUGGCCCACACCCGGGCCAGGCCACCCAGUGUGGGGGAGCGAGCCCGACGCUCCACUCCCCCGCUGCCCUGGCCCUGGUCUCCCGCCGCUCUGCGUCUGCUCCAGAGGCCUCCGGAGGAACCUGCCUCCUAUGCCGACUGUCACAGAGCCGCGCUCAAUAUCUCCUUCCAGGAGCUGGGCUGGGAACGGUGGAUUGUAUACCCACCCAGUUUCAUCUUCCAUUAUUGCCAUGGGGGAUGUGGGCUGUCUGCCCCACUGGACCUGUCCCUGCCGGGGCCCGGGGUUCCUCCCACCCCUGUCCAACCUCUUUCCUUGUUGCCAGGGGCACAGCCCUGCUGUGCUGCCCUCCCUGGGACCAUGAGGUCCCUACGUGUCCGUACCACCACAGACGGCGGCUACUCUUUCAAGUAUGAGACGGUGCCUAACCUUCUCACACAACACUGUGCUUGUAUCUGA